AUGAAGCAGGAUUCAAGUACUGCGCAGAAAAAAAUUCUAACGAAUCAGGAAAAUUCCUCAAAUAAUACGGCUAAAAAAUUGGUUAAAAGAGAAGAUUCACUUAUUUUGAAAAAACUUAUCAUAGAAUUAUCCGCUCCUAUUCCACAGCAAAUUUCUUCUGAUAAUACUAUUUCUUUGCAGACGUUUCCAAAAUGGAUGUUAACUCAGGUUUGA